AUGAGUGAAAUCAGACGACCACAGGGGGGUACCUCAACAGCGAACUCCUCGAUGGGAUUACGUCAAACCAAACGGAAUCGUGAACGCAGCUGGAGUAUCAGUUGCAGUGACGACAAUGAAGCCGUACCGAAUGAGGUGUCGGGUAGGGAGUCACUUCUGUCAAAUCCAGAAAUAGCAAUAUCAGUAGGAGCUGCAGCAGGUGGAAGCGGUGUUGUAUCCUCCCAUAAUGUGCGACCAUCAGUAAUUGGGGCCGGAACUCCUUCAGUAUCGAGGUUCAUGCCUCAUCGCAUGGGGUCAUGUGUGGACGGCUGGGGUGCUAUGAUGACCUCACAUCACCGGUUCAGAGAUUGCAGGGGUACCGCUCAAAACUCUAAUACUUCACCCCGCCCCAUCGCGUAUGUGGCAGAGCGCCUCUCAGCACGUGAGGAAGAGGGGAGUAGCGGUAGUUUUGGUUGCAGUAACGCUUUAGUCGCCAACACUGGGAUUAGUCCUGCAUAUGGCAAAAUGGGCUGGGUGAAGGGUGUGGGUAGUGCCACUUCCACCACAGUCGACCGCCAUUUAGCUGCCCCUGUCCGGCAUAUAACAACCACAAGACUCACCAAGCCCUCGAAAGGGCAUUGUAUUUCCUUCGAAGACGUCGACGAUGCUGAGGAUGCGCUAUGUACGACGUCAUAUUUUCCGGGGAGGUCAGAGGAAUCGCACGGCACUUGGUCUACUGCCAGGGGAGAGCAUAAUGCACCAUCAUUCACCCGCGGUGAACAGCUUCGAGAAAACCAGUGUCGGUAUGCCGCUUCAGGGGUGCUUGACCAAACGCCUCGCGAGCGCAAAGAACCUCUACGUGCCCAUGGAACGGGUCCGCGCGGAGGAAGUUCAUCUACAAGCAACUACACUAUUUGUGAUGAUAGCUAUGCAUCGUCUGAUGAAGACCACACCACAAAAGUCACCCUUCGAGGAGCUGCAGCAAAUACGGCGUCACCACUACCGCCUCUACCUUCCACGCAACAAUCGUCCAUUGCAUUUUCUGAUGAUCAUCUUUUUGCGACGUGCCAAAGCUAUUGCUCAUGUGCCAGUAGUGGUGGCAGAGAAUACAUCCUUGUUGAUGACAGUGAUAGUGAUAGUAGCAGCAGAGCAGAGACACCAGCGACAGGGGCAGCCCAACUCGUCACCGCCACGGCGAAUGGAGGAGGUCCGCGCGAUUGCCUCGCCGAGGAUUUGCCUUCCCCUGAAAACCACACGCCGGAGCCAAAACCAUCAACAUGUCCCCAAUGGAAAGAAACAUUUUCACCAACGGGUAGUAUAUUGGAUCUCCUUUUUCCUACUGAACGGUGUAAACCCGUUGAUUUGAAUAGCUUCUCCGUUAUGUCGAGCACAAUGAAGGUCAGUAGUGCGGAAGCAGUGAGUGAAAGUACGCCGGUGGAUCACGAAUUCAGCACUUUGAGAGAUACUCGUCUUGUAGAAGAGUUGCGUCCGUUAUUUCACACAACCUUUACUCGUGAAUCGUUUUAUGAGGCAGUGGAACACGUCAUUUCAAAAAAAUACUGUCUUGAAGAAGGAGUGUUCUGGGGUGCGUUCAAGGAUGUUGAAUAUGUUGGCGAGGGUAGUUUUGGGUUCGUAUGGCGUUGCCGUACGUUGAGAGGAGAUGUUGUCGCUGUGAAGUCGUGUCCUUUAAGUUUGCAGAGUCGAGGCAGCGUUAGCGAUGCACUUUCUACUUUGCGCGAAGUCGUCGUCAUGCGCUUUUUGGGAAAGCACGGAGUCCCAUACGUUCUUCCACUCCAUAGUGCCUUCUUUGUGCAGGGCCAAGAGUGUCUUCCUCCCGAUGUCGCAAUCUCCGUGAAAUGGCAAGGAUCACUUGUCCCACAGGGGGAACAGUUGUGUCAGGCGCAACGAAUACUACCUGAUGGAAGGGAAGAUGAAUACGGAGAGAAAUGGUCAAACAGUGACGUGAACGGGAGUUUGGAUGGGGGUAAACAAGGUGAAAGUGUGAGAUUACCGCGGUUUUUGACCAUAACCACGGAGGAUACGAUGCGGUGUGAUGCAACCAUAUUUCUUGUAACAGAUUUGUGCGAUGGGGACCUGGAAAACUUUCCUCAUAACACAGAUGCCGUCAGGGACGUUGGCUUUUGCGUUGGUACGGUACUGCAAGCAAUGCACGAAUUUGGGAUCUUGCAUCUUGAUGUUAAGCCAAGUAAUAUCCUUUACAGACGCAAAAGUAUGUGCUCCCAAGAGUAUUCCCAACAGCAAUAUGAACAAACGCAAUGUACAUUAGGGACGGGGACGCAACUGGGCUCCUCAGGUCGACCGGCCACGGAGCCGGCAGCACUAUGGUCACAGAGUGAUUCAGUUCCCGGCCCAUAUAUUUUUUAUCUGAGUGACUUUGGUAAUUGUCGCAUAGUGGGGCCAAAAAAUAGUGAUAGAGUAAAGGGGGCUAUUGGCACCUACGAUUAUAUGGACCUUCGCGCGCUCAAACACAAAAUGUGUAGCCGCGCCACCGAUUGUUACAGCCUUGGGGCGACAUUAUACGAACUGAUGUACUCUCGGCGGUUGUAUCCUCCAUGCCAAAACCCAAAGUGCCGGUCUGAUGUGGACCACACACAAAACUGUUACGUAAAGGCUGCUGAACGGGCAGCUGUAAUGCCCACGCUGCCGAGACAUUCACAAGAACUGCUGCAUAUGCAGAGACUGAUAGCUGGUCUUCUAGAACUAGAACCUACGAAGCGCUUGAGAGUGGAUCAGUUUAUGGUGCUUCUCUCUCUUUAUGAGGCUGCAGUCCUUUCCCUGUCGACUCCUUCACAAACUGUUACUCCUUCCUUUACCGCUUAG